UUGAGAUAGGGGAAAUUUCCCAAAUCUUAUAGUUUUAUUAAAACUUGAACCUGAUAUUGAUAUUUAAAAAAACGUUUAACUCUUAAGUAUCUUGGGGACAUCCCACUUAAGAUUUCUGUGGCAACGUGAUACACACAUAAGCAUCGAACUGGAUUUACUAGUAAGUCAUUCAUUGCGAAAACCAGUUUUAUGAAAUCAUUUCUGUUUUUCAACCUUAGUAGUAGUAGAGCUGAGUGUAGGUUACCUAGCUGGGGUUUUAGUUCAAAUGCAACUUCUCACGGGUCUACUUGUACGGAAAUGUCUAACUAUCUGCAAUUUUGGCUGUUUGCGAUUUGGGCUCUUAUCACUGCAGACUUGGUGGCCAGCCAAGAUUUCCUCAUAUUCGCGGCAACGACAGGUUCUCCAUUGAUGACUACAAGGCCAACGGUCCGUUCGACUGGCGACUUUGUGCUGGUCAACAAUUCGCCAGUAGUGGGCACGAUGACACCAUUUAGCACAAACGCUGCGCCGCCCACCCAAGCAUUCAUCGAUUGCUUUGGCCGUUGUCCAACCACGCCGGAGUAUAAUCCGAUUUGCGCCAGCAACAGGCAACUGUAUCUCAAUGAACAAAAAUUCAACUGCGCUCGCUUUUGCGGUGCCGAUAUACGAAUUGUGCGUCGCGGUAGCUGCGAGGGUCUGUUUCCCAUGCAACGCGGAUGACGUCGGUUAUCCAGACUUUAUGCUUAAACAAUGAAAUGUAAAAACCUGUAUAAACAUUUAAGCACCUUUUAAUCGGCAUCCCCCGUCUGCACUAUACCCUGUUAAUAUGUUACAAUAUAUGCGUAAUAGAUAUGCGUAAACGACUCAUAUUAUGGAAACAUCAUAUACUUUUAAGACUGCACGCCCGAACUACCCCACUGUAGAUUAUGAACAGGGAAUAUUUUAUAGCAAACAUGUGUCGAGAAUUCUCAAGAAUGAAUGAUCUGUAUAAACAUGUAAGCAAUCGUGAUUUUGAUAAGAUUUUCUGAAUAUUAAUGUAUGUA